CACAUAACCUAUCUACAUUCACAAUGGUUCUCCAGGCUGGUGACAAGUUCCCCGAGGGUGUCAAGUUCGGCUGGGCUCCCAUCCUUGACGAGGACCCAACUGUCUGCGGUAUCCCUCAAAUGUACGAUGCCAACAAGGAGUGGGCAGGCAAGAAGGUCGUCAUCGUCAGCGUUCCCGGUGCCUUCACUCCUAGCUGCUCCGCCUACCACCUUCCCCCCUACGUCCAGAAGUUCGAGGAACUCAAAUCUAAGGGUGUCGACAAGGUCGCCUUCAUCUCCAACAACGACGAGUACGUUCUUGCUGGCUGGGGCAAGGUCAACAAGGUGCCUAAGGGCGAAGACUUCCUCAUGCUCUCUGACACCAAGACCUUCUUCUCUGAGAACUACGGCUGGCAGGCUGGCCCCAACAAGGGUGACCGUACCGGUCGCUGGGCCAUGAUCGUCGAGAAGGACGGCACCAUCAGCUACGCUGAGAACGAGGGUCACCUCCAGGAGGUCAAGGCUUCCGCCGUCGAGACCAUCCUCACCAAGGUUUAAAUCCACUUAAUAUUCGGGUCAACCCCUACUUCAUAGAACAUGGCAUAAAGAGGUGCCAUGCCGGCCAUAGAGGAUUAUACACUUAGAUUAUAGACAUGCUGCAACGAAUGAUACACAUUAACG